CCAAGUCUUCACAUGCUACUACUACCGCUGGCAGAAACUGGGAUCGGUAGAAACAGGUAGAUUCCAAAGAACAAGGCGUACGCAAACAGAAGCAGUGUUGUUGUUGUUUUUUAAUUCAUUUUUUCCUUCCUUAUUCAAUAACUGGAUUCAUAGGUGUAAACGACUUUAAACGUAAAUCUUCAAGAACGAGAUGGCAAGAGGAGAGGGCGCAGAGCAGUACUCCAAUGCCAGUCUGCUUCAAAAACCCAGCCCAGACGGAAUCAAACUGGCAGCAAAGUGUGAAUCAAGGAGCCGGUUGUCAGUAUGCAACAAGUUGUGUUAUGCCAUUGGAGGAGCACCAUAUCAGAUAACGGGAUGUGCAAUCGGCUUCUUCCUUCAGAUCUACCUGCUGGACGUUGCUUUGUUGGACCCAUUUUAUGCCUCCAUCAUCUUGUUUGUGGGUCGAGCAUGGGAUGCCAUCACAGACCCUACGGUGGGCUUUCUAGUCAGCCGGAGUCCCUGGACCAGAUUUGGACGAAUGAUGCCCUGGAUUUUGCUGUCUACCCCAUUUGCCGUGCUAUGCUAUUUCCUCAUCUGGUACGUGCCAUCUGUUGAGCAAGGCAGGAUUGUUUGGUACCUGAUCUUCUACUGCUCCUUCCAAACAUUACAGACAUGCUUCCACGUACCGUAUUCUGCACUUACCAUGUUUAUCAGCACGGAGCAGAAGGAGAGGGAUUCGGCCACAGCCUACCGAAUGACUGUUGAGGUUUUGGGCACGCUCAUUGGCACUGCUGUUCAAGGACAGAUUGUGGGAAUGGCUAACGCUCCUUGUAUCAGCACCGGUGAGGAGUUGAACUCCACAGAUCUGCUGGCGGCUUCCACGGUCAACAUCACUGGACCUCAUGCUUCACUGGAGCAUCUGAGAAAUGCUUACAUGAUCGCAUCUGGUGUCAUCUGCUCCAUUUAUGUCGUCUGUGCCAUGGUCUUGUUCCUUGGUGUGAAAGAACAAAAAGAGACCUGCAGGGUUAGGACUGAGCCCAUGUCAUUCUUUCAGGGCAUUCGUAUGGUGAUGGGCCACGGUCCCUAUGCCAAGCUGGUCAUGGGCUUCCUCUUCACCUCUCUGGCUUUUAUGCUUCUGGAAGGAAACUUUGCACUGUUUUGUAGCUACACCCUUGGCUUUAGAAACGACUUCCAAAACAUCCUUCUCGUCAUUAUGCUCUCCGCCACGCUUGCUAUCCCAUUUUGGCAGUGGUUCCUCACUAAAUUUGGCAAGAAGACUGCCGUGUAUAUUGGGACUACAUCUGUGGUGCCUUUCCUGGUCUCCGUCAUCUUGGUGCCAAGCAAUCUUAUUGUGACAUACAUUGUGUCCUUUGCCGCUGGAGUCAGUGUUGCAGCGGCCUUCCUUCUGCCAUGGUCCAUGCUCCCCGACGUUGUGGAUGAUUUUAAAGUUCAAAAUCCUGAAUCUCAAGGCCAUGAAGCCAUCUUCUACUCCUUCUAUGUGUUCUUCACCAAGUUUGCAUCUGGAGUUUCCUUGGGGGUCUCAACUCUUAGUCUUGAUUUUGCUGGCUAUGUGACGAGAGGUUGCACGCAACCCGCCGAAGUCGAUUUAACCUUGAAGAUCCUGGUAUCUCCUGCUCCGAUAGUCUUGAUCAUUAUUGGGCUGCUAAUAUUCAUCUCAUAUCCAAUCAACGAGGAAAAGAGACAAGGCAACCGCAAACUACUUAAUGAACAACGAGAAAAUGAGAUUGACUCAGAAACAGACUCCACUGAGCUCAAUGUGGUUUAAGAGCACCGGAAACCUAAACUGGACAUCGUGCCAUUUGUGUCACAUCAACAGAGAUAAAACAAACCGAGCGGAUGCUUUGAACCAACCAUGCUGCCUUGUGGCUGAAAACUUCCACCCAUAUCACCCCUACACAACCACAAAUCAACUUGAAACAUAGCCUUUUUCCAGCUCAAUUUCAAAGUGCCUUGCCAUUUCCAGUUGCAAGUGCUAAUGGAUGCUAGAAACGUUUCCCUGAGUUGCACAAAACCGAAAGGCAGGCUUGUGUGUGUCGCCAGUAUUUGUGCUGCUCGCUGGUAUAGGAUCUCAAAGCGGUGUCCAAAAAAAGCCAGCUUUUGAUAAGCACACUUCUAAAGUGCCCUAAAAAAUGAUCUGAGGUGGGACAUGUCUACCGUAAGAUGAAACUUGAAACACUUAAUAACGUUUUUAGGUGCUAAAACCAAAAAUGUAUUUCAAUCACGAUUGAAAGGUACAUUUUGGGAGGAAUAUCUGUGAAACUGUACACAACGUGAGUAAUAUUUGUAUAUAAUUUAAUAUUUAUAAAUGCUUUUGUGCAUCUAACUGGAAAAGCAAACUUGAGGGACCUGAGAGGAGUUUGAUUACAUCAAAUUUCAGUAUUGCGCACAGAAGGUUAUUGUUUAUUUCUUGUAUUACUUUCCUUCACGUACCCAUUCGAUUAUGUUCCUUUUCACCUGUGUCUGCUCUCUCGGGGUGUACUCUUUCAGAGAGAUGCGCUGAAGGCGAAACAUACAAAUUUGGUCCCUCAACACCUUCAGAUGAUAUGGGUACACACUGUGGAUGAAAAGUGCUGCUGACAACUGAAGCUAUGAACUAGCAAGAUGCCAUCAGACUAUGUGGGGUUAAAAUGUAUGAUCAAUUGCUUAUGUUAUGAGGUGAAUAAGAUUAUUUAAGUAUUUAUUACUUUUGUUUUAAAUCAUAUGUUGGUUUGAUUAUGUCUGUUUCUCCCAUCUUAAUUUAUCUUGUUUAAGGGCCUCAGUCACAUAAAAUAAGGGCAAUUAGAGCUGUCACUGCUGAAUUAUGUCUAACAUGCCAUUAAUUCUUAUGGAAAAGCCAAUCAGUGUAUUUACAGGUGACUUGCUGCUUGUUUAGGUGUUAAAUUAAUCUGAUUUUUGGUCUGUUUGUUUCGUGUCAGUGUCCGUACAGUAGAUGUCUCAGAAGUGCUUUUAUUAUUGUAUAGUUCUCUGCCUGUAACAUCUGUGUCAAAGAUCUGAAUGCCAAGUGUUUCUCUACCAUCUGUAAGUGCUGUGAUAUAUGUACACAGAGCAUCUGAAAAUAUGAAGUCAUAUUUUACAUUUUCUGUUUGGGGAAAAUGGAAUGGCUUGCAAAUAAUAUUUGUGUAAAUGUCUUAUGUUAUACAUAUGAUGCGCAUUGAAAUAUCAUCAGUGCAUGUUUAAUACUGUUUUCUAACACUUGUCAAUUUUGUAUUGAUGCAUCUGUAACAUCUGUGUGCCCCAUUCUCAUUAACACUGGUUUGUGGCGAUCUGUUUAGUUUUCCAUAUUCUGAUAUAAAUAAAAACAAAACAGAUAUUGUAUAUAACAAAUGUGCUGAUGUUUGUACAUAGAUGGUUUUUUGUUGUUGUUGUUUUUUUGGAUGGAAAUGUUCUAAGUGAAAAUGUGUGUAGUUAUUGAAAAGAAACGAUGUUACAAAAAUGUUUGUUAAUAAAUUCUAAUUAAUAUUCAGGGAUCAUCAUUUGCUCCCCCCCCCUACACAC